AUGUCGGACAAAGAAUUCGCUGGCAGUGAUGAGCUCACUUUACCCAGAGGUAUGCGCCACUCCGAACCUGGAUUCUACCGAUCAACACGACUGACAAGGACAACACAGNCGACGGUCCAAAAGAUCAUUACUGAAGUACUGGCCAAUGACCAGGGAAUGUCCUUCGCCAAGGAGACUCGAGACCUGCUCAUAGAAUGUUGCGUCGAGUUCAUCACCAUGAUAUCCUCCGAAGCCAACGAGAUUGCCGAGAAAGAUGCAAAGAAGACCAUUGCCUGCGAACACAUCGUCAAGGCUUUGGAGGAGCUAGGAUUCAAUGAAUACGUGCCGGACUUGCUAGAGGUUGCGCAGCAGUUCAAGUCACAACAGGCGAGCCGCGAAAAGAAGCAGAGCAAGAUCGAGCAGUCUGGCAUGACCGAGGAGGAACUGCUUAGACAGCAGGAAGAGCUGUUCAGAUCAGCAAACGAAAAGUUCAACGCUGGACCUGCAGAGCCAGCUGAGCCUGCAGCAUAA